UUAGUUGUUUCUGCUUAUCCACAGUGAGUUCGUAGCCGUGAUGAUGCAGCCACUUCAGUUCUCUUCCCAAAUUUAGGGAAGUGGUGAAUUGAAGGAGUUGUUCCCUCCCUACAUCCCCUAAGAAAACAUGUGGUAGCUCUCACCACGUCCCACCUCCACCCUCACAGAUGCAGACUGUGGGUGUUUCACAUCAACCAGGCUCAUUCCAGCUCAACUUCUAUGCCUCAUACAGACUUAAAUCAAGGCUUGCAGUGCCCAUCAAGCAACACAGAGUUUGGUGUUAUGAAAAUGUCUUCUUUGCCAUGUUAAUAACUCAACCGUUAACUGAGGAGGGAAGAGACCUGCUGUGCUGGACAAACACAGACUGAUACCCCUCAGAGUACUUGUCUGAUCUCCUGAACUGGACAUGGGGAAAGUCUACUAUGUCAGUAAAAAUGUGGGCCUUGGGAUGCUUAUAUUGGGGAUCAGUGCUCUUGCUACGAUUAUAGCUUUGUCUAUUGCCUAUGACAAGGAAAGGGCCAAGAAUCGAGGCAAGCCUGAUGGAGCAACAGACAGCACUGACACGCCUACACCCUCAACGACCCCCUUCAUCACGAAGGAGCCCUGGGACCACUACAGACUUCCAAACUCCCUUGUUCCUGUCUUCUACAAUGUCACCCUGUGGCCUCGAUUGGAGCCCAACGCAGAUGGUAUGUUCAUCUUCACUGGACAUUCAGCUGUGGUCUUCAGAUGUGUAAAGGAAACGGACCUCAUCAUUAUCCACUCCAACAAGCUUAACCUUACCACCUUCGAUGGGCACCAUGCUAAGCUGAGUGGCCUGGGUGAAGCCGUUGUGCCCAUCAUACAAAAGUCUUGGUUUGUUGAGAAGACAGAGUAUCUGGUUAUUCAGCUACAGAGCAAACUAACUGUUGGAGAAUCAUAUGUACUCUACACUAAUUUUUUGGGAGAGCUGGCAGAUGACCUGGAAGGCUUCUACAGGAGUGAAUACAUGGAGGAUGGUGUGAAGAAAGUUAUAGCGACCUCGCAGAUGCAAGCGACGUAUGCCAGGAAAACCUUCCCUUGUUUUGAUGAGCCAGCCAUGAAAGCCGUCUUCAAUGUCACCAUCAUCCACACUAGAGACACAGUGGCUCUGUCUAAUGGCAGGGAAAUCGACACAAUAAACACUGUAAUUGAUGGCGUGCCUCUCAGUGUGACUACAUUCGAGCCCACAGAGAGAAUGUCCACAUAUCUGCUGGCAUUUAUUGUCAGUAACUUUGUUAACAUUCAGUCAACCCAACACAAGAAUUUGUUGAUCCGAAUCUGGGCUCGAAAAAAAGCCAUAGAUGACAAACAGGGUGACUAUGCGCUCAACGUUACGGGGCCGAUACUUCAGUUCUAUGAACGCUACUACAAUGCAACAUAUCCACUUUCUAAGUCAGAUCAAAUAGCUCUGCCUGACUUCAAUGCUGGGGCAAUGGAGAACUGGGGUCUGAUCACAUACAGGGAAACAGCCCUGCUCUAUGACCCUUUCAUAUCCUCCACUGGAAACAAAGAGAGAGUUGCAACUGUAAUUUCCCAUGAACUUGCACACAUGUGGUUUGGCAACCUGGUGACUCUGCAAUGGUGGAAUGACCUGUGGCUGAACGAGGGGUUUGCGUCGUAUGUAGAGUACCUUGGAGCUGACUAUGCUGAGCCCACCUGGAACAUAAAAAACCAGAUCAUACUUAAUGACAUGUACAAGGCGUUUGCGGUGGAUGCCCUGGCAUCCUCUCACCCGCUGUCACGCCGAGAAGACGAGGUCAAUGACCCUGCUCAGAUCAGCGAGAUGUUCAACACCAUCUCCUACAGCAAGGGAGCGUCUGUGCUCAGAAUGCUGUCAGAGUUUCUUACUGAGCCUGUGUUUGCCAAAGGACUCAGCUCUUACCUGAACACAUUCGCCUUCAACAACACAGUGUAUACCGACUUGUGGGACCACUUCCAACAGGCAGUUGAAAACACACAAGGUAUAUAUAUUCCUGAUACCAUCCAAAACAUCAUGAACCACUGGACUCUUCAGAUGGGCUUCCCAGUGGUUACUAUUGACACCCGGACAGGAAGUAUCAGCCAGAAACACUUCCUGUUGGAUCCAGACUCUGUAGUGGACAGGCCCUCUCAGUUCAAUUAUACGUGGUUUGUCCCAAUUAAAUGGAUGAAGGCAGGGGUGGAGCAGCAACAAUACUGGCUGCUUCAAAAGACAGAGAUUUAUAGUCAAAUGAGAGUAUCAGGAGAUGAAUGGGUGUUGGCAAACACCAAUGUAUCUGGGUACUUUCGGGUGAACUAUGACCAUGACAACUGGAAUCGUCUCCUCUCCCUGCUCAGCACCAACCAUAAGGCUUUAUCAGUCAUCAACAGAGCACAGAUCAUAGAUGAUACAUUCAACCUAGCAAGAGCCAAAAUUAUCAAUACAACAUUGGCCCUGAGAUCUACCAGAUACCUGUCCAAGGAAAUUGACUACAUCCCCUGGGAGUCAGCUCUGAGAAACCUUGGCUACUACAUUCUCAUGUUUGAUCGCACUGAGGUCUAUGGAGCUUUACAGGCAUACCUCAAGAAGCAAAUCCAACCACUUUUUGAGUACUUCAAGACAAUUACAGAUAACUGGACCAAAAUACCUACAGGACACAAUGACCAGUACAAUCAGAUCAAUGCUAUUGGAACAGCCUGCAGCAUGGGUGUGGUGGGUUGCAGGGAGCUGAUGAAAAGCUGGUACAGACAGUGGAUGGAAAAUCCACAUCACAACCCGAUCCAUGCCAACUUGAAAGGCACAGUUUACUGUCAUGCCAUAGCCAUCGGUGGUGUGGAGGAGUGGGACUUUGCUUGGAAAAUGUUCAAGAACGCCACUCUUGCAUCUGAAGCUUCCAGGCUCAGGUCUGCCAUGGCUUGCGCCAAGGCACCCUGGCUUCUGAACCGGUAUCUGGAGUACACACUUGACCCAACCAAGAUCCGCAAGCAAGACGCCACCUCUACUAUCCAGUACAUUUCCCAAAAUGUUGUUGGGAUGCCGCUGGCCUGGAACUUCGUCAGGGCAAGAUGGGACUACAUUUUCCAGCAGUAUGGAAAAGGAUCAUUUUCUUUCGCUUCUCUCAUCAGUGGAGUCACACGGAGAUUCUCUACAGAGUUUGAGUUACAGGAGCUGAAGAAAUUCAAAGAAGACAACCUUCAUGUUGGUUUUGGCUCAGCCACCUUGGCCCUGGAGCAGGCUAUAGAGAAAACCAAAGCCAACAUUAAAUGGGUGACAGAGAACAAAGCCCAUGUGUUAAAGUGGUUUACUGAGUCCACAUGAGAACACUUAGACAGCUAAAAUGACACACUCUCUUUUUCUGUACUGUCAGGGAUAUGUAAUGAAUGACAAUCACUAUAAUCAUCAGGUACAACAAAUGGGCCUUUUUCUUGGUGAGAGUUUUGCAAAGACAACUGAUGUGACACAAUAUAUUACUGGACAUUAACUUCAGUGCAAAGGAACAGACAUAUAAUGAACAGUGGACCACAUAUGUCACUAGAUAUCAGUAACUAUAACUUUCACGCCUAGUCUGUGAUAAAUCAGAACAAAAAACAUUGUAACAAAAGAUUGUUUUACUUGCAUAACCUUGAUAUUCACUCUUCAUUCAUUUUCUUUUCUUCAUACUUCACAUUGUAUGUUGCUGCUUAAUAUGAUGUAUGCAAUGCAUUUGUACCACAACCACAGAACACCAGAACAGCUUUAGUGUUCGCUGACAUUGAUUCUACAAGUGACUAUUAUUAGUGACCCUAAUUAUGACAGGAUGUGAACUGUAUUUUAGAUUGACUGCAUACAUGUGUGUGUAUUGAUGCAAAUGUGUGAUGACUGCUUUGUAAAGUCCUGCAGCUUCUUCCAUGUUAAAUCAGUCUCAGCACUGAAUAUCUUUUCAUGAGAAUCAAUUUACCCUUCAGUGGAGAAAGAUAUUGUAAAAAGUGAUAUUAUUGAAUAAAGUAGCCUGACG